UUGUGAUACACUGAACACGUCAUCAUUAUCAAUAGCAAUUUUUGUUGUGGUUAGAAGUGCUGUAAAAUAAAAUUUUAUAGUUAUGGUCGUAUUCUGCCCAUUUUGUACCAAUUUACUUUUUGUAGAAGAAAACGUGUCUACAAAUCUUCAAUUUACGUGCAACGUAUGCCCAGUGUAUUUUCCAGUUAGAAAGAAUAUUACUUAUCGAAACUAUUACAGGCUGAAGGAAAUAGACGACGUACUUGGAGGUGAAGAAGCGUGGAAGAACGUAGAAUCUACAGAAGAAAGGUGCCCCAAGUGCAGUCACCCACGUGCGUACUUCCUUCAGCUUCAGACAAGAUCAGCUGAUGAACCUAUGACGACAUUUUAUCGGUGCUGCAACUCAGAGUGUAGCCAUAAUUGGCGCGAAUAG